AAUAACACUUCCUUCCCAGCAUCUGACUGGAGAAACACGAGCUGGCUUUUAUUGUGAAUUAGAGGAAGUGCGCAGUGUCAGUCAGUGAGAGUUUCACUGGUCGGUGGUCAGCAGUGCGUGAAGAGGAAGAAGAGUGGGACACUGUUAGAGGAAGAACUCCUGUAGCUCCUCACACAGACUUGAUCUCAGUUUUCUGGUCUCUGGUUGGAGGAUCAGAAGGACACAGAGACCUCCAUCAUGGCUAUUGCUGACCAGCUGCUGGAGUUGAUGUUCUCCUGGAUCAAGCAGAGGGAGUGCUGUGCAGAGCAGCUGAGGACUCUGGCCCAGGAGCUGGAGUCACUCAGAAAGAAAUGUAACGCUGCAGAAUGUGUUGGAAGCACAUAUGCAGUGGUUGGAGCCUUAUCUCUGAUCGGGGCCGGUGCAGCCACUUUGUUCACCGGCGGUGCAGCUGCUCCACUUUUAGGCGUGGCAGGAGCAGCGUUUUCAGGUGCAGGUCUUACUGUAUCUGUGGCUUCUAAAAUCAUUGAGCACUUCUCAUCCAGCGACACCAUGGAAGAGGCACAGAAGAUUGAAAAGAAGAGCAAAGAGGUUGCAGAAAAAAUCCAGGAUCUGUUUGAGAGACUGAAGGCGGAGAGUUCCUCCACUGACCCGGAUAAGGUGGACCAACACGUCAUGACUGAAAUUCUGACAGCCAUGACCAGAAGAAGUGGACUGGAGGGGCAGGUGGAUUUCAGCGGGACAUUUUUUCAGGCAUACAGGGGGCUCAACCAAAUCUUUUUCAACCCUGCCAUGAUAGAUGGACUAGAAGUUGGACUUGCCGGUAUUUUAAGAUUUUUCACAUAUAGAGUUAGUGGGAAAAUCUACAAACCUUUGUUUCUUGAAGGAGCUGAACAACUCACCAAACAGAUGACUAUAAUGGCUGCUAAAGGAGGAAAAAGUCUCACCAAAGAAAUGUCUAAAAUUGGAUUUAAAACAGCCUUUAAAGGAGGUGCCAUGGUUGUAGGAGGAGUUGUUGGACUGGCGUUUGAACUUCCUGAGGCGAUUGACAACUGGAAAGACCUGAUCAAGAAGAAUCAUGUGACUGAAGCGAGCCAAUCACUGAGAGAUACAGCUAAGGCCAUUGAAAAGACUUGCCAGACACUGAGGGAACAGUUAAACAACAGAAAGUAUGAAGUUUUCUGUGAUUCUCCACCCAGAUUCUCUCCUCCUGUAGUUCUGAGAACAGCAGCUGGACAGUUUAGAUUCAUGUUACUUCAAAUACUGACUGCUUGUCCUGCUGGAAAAAUCAUCCAAAGAAACUUUACUUUACUGAUACAGACUGUAUCAGAUAUCAACCGUAUGAGGAUGUUCUGGCUUCAUUUUUGUACAGUGGGAGGAAUUGGAGACAUCCAUCUUUUAUAUGUCGAUGAGUCAUACUCAUACAUAUUCAUAUUUUUACUAGAAUAUGGAUAAAUCUGUAGCAAGACC